AGAUUCGGGGUCGCUGCUGAUGCAGCAGCAUCGGCGAAAGAGCUCCAAGGGGAGCCGUUCGGUGCUCAGCAAAAGGUCACUGGUGGGCAGCCCGCAUGUGCGGCAGGCGUCGGUGUCGGAUUCCCGGUCGAUGGCAUCGAGUUUAAAGGGCGAUGGUCGCAGCAGUGGUCAGAGUCCGGCACAGUGCGGCAGAGCUCGGAUGCGCAGCAGAGCAGCAGGGGGCGGCGGCUCAGCGUGGUAUCGGCGUUCUCGCCCGCGCAGUUCACGGAUCCGUGGGCGGCCGACCGCGAGCAGCAGCUGGCGCUGAUGCGCAAGUCCCAGUCAAAUGCUACCACCGGCGAUACCCAGGGCGCCAGCGAAGAGGCGCCGGUUCAGCUGGACACCAGCGCUGGAGCCAGGCACUGAGGCGACGGCCGAGCCGCGGAUCCCUGGGAUAGAGUACCCGCCACGCAAAUCAGAGCCAUGGGCGCCGCCGGAAUCGUGGGCGGUGCUGCCGACGUCGCUGGACGGGGCGGAGGAAUCGUCACUGUUCAACAACCAACACGAUGCAGAGUCAGAGGGCGACGGCAACAGCAGCGACAGCGACCUGGAGAACGACAUCAACAUGUAUUCGUUGCGGAUCUACCGCGAGGACUCGACAUUCGGCACAUUCCACUGCCGGCUGAGCACGACCACUGCGGAGUUCAUGCAGAUGGCGGCGAAAAAGUUCUUCAUCCCGGAUAUCACACGGCACUGUCUGUACAUGCAAAAGGCGAACGGGCUGGAUCGCACGCUGAAGGCGAAUGAGCGGCCAGCGGACAUCCUGAAGCGCUACUUGGAGCAGAUGGGGUAUCGUCCCGAGGACAACAUCACGCUGCAGGGGCGCGAGGACAACAGCUAUCUGUGCAAGUUCUCGCUGCUCAAGGCAGCGAUUCCGCGGGUAUCGCCAAACAUGGAGGUAGAGGUCAGCUCGUUCCACUAUGUGGACUUGCGCGCGCGCAAAUUACAGACGGUGCCGGUGUUCCUGUACGCGCACGCAAACAAGAUUGUAUCGCUGAAUAUGUCCAAGAACCCGGGGUUGAACUUCCCAGCCGAUUUUGUGCAGCUGUGCGGCAAUCUGCGCGAGCUGCGGCUGGCCACAUGCCAAUUCACGCGGUUCCCGAACAGUCUGCAGUACUUUGAGCUCUUGGCGUACCUGGAUCUGUCCGGCAACGACAUCAAGCGCAUGCGCCAUGCGCCUCUGGACAAGCUGCAGAACCUGGCGACGCUGAUGCUGCGCAAUAACCGGCUGGUGGAGCUGCCCGAGUCGCUAGCGGAGCUCAAGGCGCUGAAGACGCUGAAUGUAUCGAACAACAACUUCCAGGAGUUCCCGACGAUUGUCACGCGCGUGGCAUCGUUGGUCAACCUGGACAUUUCAAUGAAUCGGAUCCCCGAGAUCCCCAAUGCGAUUUCGGCCAUGGGCAACCUGGAGCAGCUCAACGUGAUGGGCAAUAUGCUGACGGGCAAGCUGCCAAAGGGGCUGGGCAACCUGGUGAAGCUGCGGGAGCUGGAUGUGCGGCAGAACAAACUGCAGAACCUGACGAUUGCGUCGGAGCUGCCAGCACUCGAGCUGCUGUACACGGAGACGAACAUGGUGACGCGGGCGCACAUGGAGCUGGCGACGGCAACGCACGUGAGCUUCAAGGCCAACAAGCUGACCCAGUUCCGGAUCAUGAAUCCGUCCCACACGCUGGUGUUUCUGGACCUGUCGCGCAACCAGCUGACGGAGCUCGCCUCGGACACAUUCAUGCAUUUGCCGCACCUGGAGCACCUGGUGCUGGACAGCAACCACCUGGUCAGCAUUCCGGCGUCUGUGGGCAGCCUGCGCAAUCUGAUCAAGCUCAGCUGCACGAACAACGUCCUGUCGCUGAUCCCAGCGGAGCUGACGCGGCUUGAGAAUCUGAACACGCUCGACCUGCACAACAACAACCUGAAGGUGUUGCCACCGGAGAUCUGGCUGAUGCCCAAGCUGACCAACCUCAAUCUCUCGUCGAAUCUGCUGGAGCAGUUCCCGCACCCGAGCAUGCUGGAAAAUAUACGGCGGCAGCAGGGCGGUUCCAGCAGCGUGCGGGCAGUUGCGGCAGCGGCAGCGGCAGCGGCGGCAGCGGCAGCGCAACGCAAUGGCUCCAAGGACGCCAAUGGACCGGCGCUGGCAAACCGUGCCCUGCAGAACGUGCAGAUGUCGUCGCUGUCGAUGCCGGCGACGCGGCAAUCGAGCCCGCUGAUCCGGGCAACCUCGGAGGUCAUGCCUGACUCAGUGCUGGACUACCGACUCGACGGUUCACAGUCGCUGACAAAGCGUGCACGCAACAAAUCGGCGGAUGCCGGGCGUGUCUCGAUGUCACCGGCACCGCUAAAGCGGUACUCGAUCUCGGACCCACCACCACUAUCACAUUCGCUGCGGGAGCUACGGAUCGGCGACAACAACCUGGACGACGAGGUGUUCACGGUGAUGGCGUUUCUGCCAGAGUUGCGGGUGCUCAAUCUGUCGUACAACGAGCUGUACGAUCUGCCGCCGUCGGCCAUGGCACACAUGCGCAAGGUCACAGAGCUGUAUCUGUCGGGGACGCAGAUCAGCACGAUCCCCGAAGAGGAACCGAAUGCAGCGUUCUGGCGCAGCCUGCGGCUCUUGAAUAUCAACGGCAACAAGCUGCAGACGCUGCCGUCGUGGCUGGCCAAGAUCCACGGACUGACGAUUCUUGAUGUGGGCAGCAAUGUGCUAAAGUACAACAUCACCAACUGGCCGUACGACUGGAACUGGAACUGGAACACCAGCCUAAAGUACCUCAACUUUUCGUACAACGAGCGGUUCGAAAUCAAGGGCUCGCACCUGCACCCGAAGGUGUUCCAUGACCACGCAGCGCUGCUCGGCGGCGGACAGGCGCCACGGGAUACAUUCACAUACGUGGCCAAGGAGCAGCCCAAGUCAGACAGCGUCUCGGACUUUUACCAGCUGACGGACCUGCGCAUCCUGGGGCUGCUGCAGCUGACGAUUAUGGUAGCGCUGCCCGACGAGACGCCGAACCGACGCGUGCGUACCACCGACCCGAUCAAGCAGGUCAAGUACGGCAUGGCCGACUCGCUGGGGCCGAACGAGCGCGUGUCGGCGUGGGACCUGGCGUCGUCGCGGUUCCGCAUGGCCGAUGACGAGUGCCUAUUUGGCAUGUUCCAUGCGCGCGAGUCGGACACAUCCAGCUCGGCCAUCAGCAAGUAUCUGUGCGACCACUUUUUAUAUGCAUUCCGUGAGGAGCUCGACAAGGUCACCGAGCAGGCGCAGGACGAGGCGCCAAAGGCUGAUGGCAAAAAGACCGUGAACUUCGCCGAGCCGCCCUCAGGAAUCCGACCACCGCUCAACGCAGCUCUCCAACGAUCAGGUGCAGGCCUGCCAUGCGCCGCACGUUCCUGACGCUCAAUAAGGACCUGGGCACUCCACAGCCGCGAACUCAU